AUGGCUACUUGUUCGUACAGAAGGGGAGGAGCGUCGGACUUGGGACAAGACGAGGAGAACGUGUACGGCAAGCUCAAGUUCUUCUGGGACGAUCAGGCGAGGUCGGACGCGACGUCAAAGGCGAAUGUGAAGAAGGCGAGGAGACUUGAGAAGACGGUGGGGGAGCUGGAGGCCGCACUCGCUGACAGUCUUGAGAGGAUGAGGCCUGCUCGGAUUGUUGAUAUGACCAGAAGCUGCAUUAUCUACGUGCUAACGGCUGACAAGGACCAGGACAUCCCCUCGAGGAUCCAGCAAGCUCAGUCGGCCGAGCUCCCGCACUUGGACAGCACAGCAGCGCAACCAGUCGAGGAGGACAAAGAGGAGCAACGAGGCCAUCUGAGCCUGAAUUGGCAGGAGAAGGAGAUCCAGCAGGUUCCGAAUGUCAUCUGGAAGAAUCCAGAAUAUGAGUUCCUGGCCUUCUUGUACUUGGAUAGGAAUUUGAUCAGUGAGAUCCCGGAUGCGCUGAGUAACAUGAAGAACAACAUCAAAAUCAUUCCUGAUUACAUAUCAAAACACACAAGACUUGUCACGCUAGCUCUGUCCUUCAACCAAAUCUCUGAGAUUCCACAGGCAGUGGGAGAUUUGAAGUACCUGCAGUACUUGAACCUGUUCUCCAACUUGAUCAAAGAGAUCCCCAUGGCGUUGCACAGAUGCGAGAGACUGGAGGAUCUCAACGUCGGCAGGAAUCCUCUGCUGAGCGAAGAGGAAGUGACGGGCAGCAGCGUUUUGAGAAUUCCCCAAGAGAUCUUGCAGAGGCAGAAGUCUGGACGAGGCUUUGAUCCUAGGAGUUUCGUGAAGCUAUUGAGGAUGCAGGAGCGAUCUACAUCGAAAUGA